UCUAAAAAGAACUCACCACCUUCUCCGCCGAAGCUCCCCAUCGUUGGAGACCUUCACAGACUAGGAUCAUCUCCCCAUAGAUCUCUUCGGGCAUUGGCUCAACAGUAUGGUCCUUUCAUGUUGCUUCGCUUUGGCAGCGUUCCUGUACUUGUCAUCUCCUCCGCUCAUGCUGCUCUCGAUGUCAUGAAAACCCAUGAUAAUAUCUUUUCGAGUCGAUUUAAAUCAAGCGUCUUUGAUAAAUUAGUUUACAAUUGUAAAGAUGUUGUUCUUGCACCUUAUGGUGAAUACUGGAGGCAAAUGAAGAGCAUAUGCGUGAUACAUUUAUUGAGUAGCAAAAAGGUUCAAUGUUUUCAAAAAGUAAGAGAAGAAGAGACAAUGAUUUUGACGAAGAAGAUCCAAGAAUCUUACUGUUCACCUAUGAAUUUGAGUGAGACUUUUACAGUACUAGCAAAUGAUAUAUUGUGUAGAGUAGCUUUCGGGAGGAAGUAUGGUGGAGACGAGGAAAAUGGGAAAAAGCUUAAGGAGCUUCUGACGAGGUUUGCUCAACUAACUGGUACUGUUGAUAUUGGAGAUUAUAUCCCAUGGCUUUCUUGGGUUAGUUGUGUUAAUGGAUUGAAUACUAAAUUAGAGAAAUUAGCAAAAGAACUUGAUGAUCUUUUUGAGGGAAUAGUGGAAGAACAUGUAAAUCAUUUGAAGAACAAGAGUAAUACCAGUGAUUAUGGUGAUGUUCAAGAUACAGACUCGAAAGAUUUUGUAGAUGUCUUGCUCUGGAUUCAAAGAGAAAACACGAUUGGAUUUCCUAUUGAUAGAGUUACCAUAAAGGCUCUUAUCUUGGAUAUGUUCAUAGCAGGAACAGAUACAACAUCUACAACUCUCGAAUGGGCAAUGACAGAGCUUUUAAGACAUCCCAAAGUUAUGAAGAAAUUGCGUAAUGAAGUCAGAACUAUUGCAGGUGAUAAGUCAAAUAUAAUAGAAGAGGAUUUAGGUAAAAUGAAAUACUUGAAAGCAGUGAUUAAAGAAGUUCUUCGCUUACACCCUCCUCUUCCGCUGCUAAUGCCUCGAGAAUCCGUUAAAGAUGCGAAUGUAAGAGGAUAUGACAUUACGGCAGGAACUCAAGUUCUGAUCAAUGCAUGGGCAAUCGGCAGAGAUCCUGACUCAUGGGAAGAGGCAGAGGAAUUCAAACCAGAAAGGUUUUUAAACAGUUGUAUAGAUUUUAAAGGACAUGAUUUCCAGUUGAUUCCAUUUGGAGCAGGAAGAAGGGGUUGUCCUGGUAUCCACUUUGCUACAAUACUUAUAGAGAUGAUAUUAGCAAAUGUUCUACACAAAUGCGAUUGGAAACCAAUGCCUUAUCGUGGAGCAAAAGAACAUGGAAUUGACUUGACUGAAUCUGCUGGAAUUUCUGUUCAUAGGAAAUUUCCUCUUAUUGCUAUCCCUUCACCACCUCGUUUUUAA